GGAGACCAAAACACAUAGUGGUCUCGGAGAAAGCACAGGACCCAAACCCAGAAUAACCUUAUCUGAGAAAGAAGCCCAGAAGAAGAGGGAAAAAAAGGAGGAAUGGCUCUUUCCCAGGGACAGGUGACCUUCAGGGAUGUGGCCAUAGAAUUCUCUCAGGAGGAGUGGGAGUGCCUGAACCCUGCUCAGAGGGCCUUGUACAGGGACGUGAUGGUGGAGAACUACAGGAACCUGGUCUCCCUGGGAAGCCUUUCUGCUGGAUUUGCAAUCAAGGACUUAUCACCAAUAGAGGACAUUAAUAAAGGAGAGUUAUACCACUUAGUGAUAUUGGAGAGAAAUGAAAGCCAUAGCAUCAAGGAUUUUGAUCUCAAGGAAGUCUGGGAAAAUAUGCAUGAGUUUGAGAGUCACUGGAGAUAUGAUGCAAGAAAUUACAAAGAAGUGCCUUUGACACAUAACAAAAAUCUCAUUCAUAGAAAAGAUCAACAGCUUAAUAAAUCCUCAAUUACUUUUCCUCAAAAGCAGAGUAUUACUGUAAAAAAUAAUACAUACCAAUAUUUCAUGCAUGACGAGCCAUUUGUAAGGCAUUUGUUAAAACUGGAAAAUAACAUAAGUGGUGCUGGAAACUGGUACAUAAACUGUUUGGAAAAUAGAAUUGGAUUAAGUUUGCAGGGACACCUGGCUGAACUGCAGAGAUUUCAUACGGAGGAAGAAAUGCAUGAAUGUAAUCAAGUUGAGAAAUCUGUCAACAAUGGUUCCCCUGUUUCACCACUUCAGAGAAUCCCAUCUAGUAUCAAAAACAUUUGGAAUAAAUACAGGAAGAUUUUAAAAUAUCCUUUGUUACCUGCACAAUACAGAAGAGCAUACACUAGAGGAAAAUCUUACAACUGUAAUGACUGUGGGAAGGCUUUUAGCAAAAGCUCAAAUCUCAUGAGUCAUGAGAGAAUUCAUUCAGGACAGAGACCUUACAAAUGUAAUGAGUGUGGCAAAGCCUUUACGGAGCGUUCACAUCUUACUCAACAUAAGAAAAUCCAUACUGGAGAGAAACCUUACAAAUGUAAUGAGUGUGGCAAAGCCUUUAACCAGUGUUCGAACCUCACUAGACAUCAGAGAGUCCAUACAGGAGAGAAACCAUAUAAAUGUAACAUAUGUGGCAAGGUCUGUAGUCAAAAUUCAAACCUUGCAAAUCAUCAGAGAAUGCAUACUGGAGAGAAACCUUACAAAUGUAAUGAAUGUGGUAAGGCCUUUAUCCAACGUUCACACCUUUGGAGUCAUGAGAGAAUUCAUACUGGAGAGAAACCUUACAAAUGUAAUGAAUGCAGCAAAGCCUUUGCUGAACGUUCAGGCCUUACUCAGCAUAAGAAGAUCCAUACCGGAGAGAAACCUUACAAAUGUAAUGAGUGUGGCAAAGCUUUUAAGCAGUGCUCACACCUCAUUAGACAUCAGAAUACACAUCCUGGAGAGAAACCACACAAAUGUAAUGUAUGUGGCAAGGCCUUUAUCCAAAGCUCUAGCCUUAUGGAACAUCAGAGAAUUCAUACAGGAGAAAAACCUUAUAAAUGUAAUAAAUGUGAUAAGGCUUUUAUCAGACGGUCACACCUAUGGGGUCAUGAGAGAACUCAUACUGGAGAGAAACCUUACGAAUGUAUUGAGUGUGGCAAAGCCUUUGCUGAGCGUUCAAAUCUUACUCAACAUAGAAAAAUCCAUACUGGAGAGAAACCUUACAAAUGUAAUGAGUGUGGCAAAGCUUUCACCCAAUUUGCAAACCUUAAUAGGCAUGAGAAAAUACACACUGGAGAGAAACCACACAAAUGUGAUGUUUGUGACAAGGCUUUUAUCCAAAGUUCAAGCCUUAUGGAACAUCAAAGAAUUCACACAGGAGAAAAACCUUAUAAAUGUAAUAAAUGUGAUAAGGCUUUUAUUAAACGUUCUCACCUUUGGGGUCAUGAGAGAACUCAUACUGGAGAGAAACCUUAUAAAUGUAAUGAGUGUGGCAAAGCCUUUAUGGAGCGUUCACAUCUUACUCAGCAUAAGAAAAUCCACACUGGAGAGAAACCUUAUACAUGUAAUGAGUGUGGCAAAGCUUUUACCCAGAAACACCAAAGAAUUCAUACUGGAUAGAAACAUUACAAAUAUAAUGAAGGUGAUAAUUUAUUUAGCCAAUUCUCUCAAUGGACUACAAUAAGAAGAUUCAUCCUAGGGGAAGUA